GGAAGACUACGGGAGCAGACAGGGGAAACUAUCGUCCGUACAGGCGAUUUGAGUUCGAGUUGGCUCGGGCUUCGGACUAGAUCUUCCGGACGGACUCGUGUCCGACACGGAAUGACUGUGGCCCCUCAGGUAGCGAUCCGCUCUAUGCGGCGAUGUUUCGCGGAGCUCCGCAAACAGCUGCCGAAGAGUACGAAGUUGCGCGAUACCGCGCUGACUCGCUUGACUCUGUCUACCGCACGGAAGCACCAAGCGACCGACGAGAGAUUAUGCCAUCAAAGGAACGAGCUAGUCAGCAGAUUGGACACCUUCACGGCGUACUUGGAGAGUAAUCGAAGGGUCGCUGAGAUCCAGAAGAUGUACCACAACAAAGGAGAGCGGAGCGUCAAAGAAGCUGCGAAUCUUGUAGGGUUGGAGUUGCCCAACGUAAAGUAGCUAUAUAGUCUGGACCGAAAAAGGAAAUAAAUGUUAUAUGAUCAA